AAACCAAAGAGUGGAACAUGAUUUCACUUUCACUUUAGGCACUCUCUCAUUGAAACAUACAGAGGGUAUAGUAUUACAGACAAAACAGGCGGACAAAUAGAAAAGAGACAGACAGGUGAAUAGCUUGGACAGACAGAGGGCCGGAGACAAUUUGAAACUUUCACCAUGGCUUUUAAAUACCCGGCAGUUCGAAGAGAUGAGAGUAAGGUGGAUAACUACAAUGGCAUUACGAUAUGUGACCCCUAUGCCUGGUUGGAAGAUCCAGACAGUGAAGAAACCAAGGCCUUUGUGGAGGAGCAGAAUAAGCUGAGCAUGCCAUUCCUAGAGAAGUGUGAAGUGAGGCCUCAGUUUCAUCAACGACUAACUGAUCUAUAUGACUACCCCAAAUACAGCUGCCCCUAUAAGAGAGGAAAAAGGUAUUUCUACUUCUAUAACCAGGGCUUACAGAACCAGGAUGUACUUUAUGUGCAGGAUUCUCUGGAUGGACCGGCUACUGUCUUCUUUGACCCAAACAAACUUUCUGAGGACGGGACUGUGGCUUUGAAGAUGGGGCGUUUGUCAGAGGAGUGUGAGUACUUUGCGUACGGCCUGAGCUCCAGUGGUUCGGACUGGGUCACGGUGCACUUCCUGAAGGCUGAUGACCUCACUACGCUGCCUGACGUCCUGGAGAGGGUGAAGUUCAGCUGCUUGGCCUGGACCCAUGAUGGCCGCGGGGUGUUCUAUAACUGUUAUCCUCUGCAGGACGGCAAGGCUGAUGGCACAGAGACCACAUGCAACCUAAACCAGAAACUCUACUACCAUGUGAUCGGCACCAAACAGUCAGAUGACAUCCUGGUGGCUGAGUUCCCUGACCAUCCGAAAUGGCACAGUGGAGUUACAGUGUCAGAUGAUGGCAGAUAUGCCGUGCUUGUCAUCACGGAGGGCUGUGAGCCAGUCAACCAGCUGUGGUACUGUGACCUGCAGAAGCUUCCCAAUGGCAUCACAGGCAUGCUGCCCUGGGUGAAGCUAGUGCACAACUUUGAGGCGCAAUACUACUAUAUCACCAACGAGGGCAGUGUGUUCACCUUCCGCACCAACCUUGAUGCCCCGCGCUACCGCCUGAUCAAAAUUGACCUGGAGAAGCCGGACAAAGACCAGUGGAGGACCCUCUUACCCCAGCACGACAAGGAUGUCCUGGGCACUGUGGCCUGUGUGAACCAGCACUACCUUCUGGUCAACUACAUCCAUGACGUGAAGGACAUCCUGCAGCUGUAUGAUCUGUCCACCGGUAGCCUGGUCAGAGAUCUGCCUCUGGACGUGGGCACUGUGUCGGGCCUCAGCAGUAAGAAGAAGCAUUCAGACUUCUUCUACAAGUUCACCUCCUUCACCACGCCAGGCGUGAUCUACCACUAUGACCUGAGCCAAGCGUCCCCAGAGCCCACGGUGUUCCGACGAGUGGAGGUGAAGGGCAUCCAACAGGAGGACUAUGAGACCAACCAGGUCUUUUACCCCAGCAAAGAUGGAACUAAAAUCCCCAUGUUCCUGGUGCAUGCCCGGGGCCUGAAAAAGGACGGAUCCCAUCCUGUUUUCUUGUAUGGAUAUGGAGGCUUUGAGAACUCCAUCCAACCAUACUACAAUGUUUCUUACCUGCUGUUUGUCAGACACUUGGGGGGAAUCUUGGCGGUGGCCAACAUAAGAGGAGGAGGGGAGUAUGGGCAGACCUGGCAUAAAGGUGGCUCCCUGCAAAACAAGCAGAAUUGCUUUGAUGACUUCCAGUGUGCAGCGGAGUACCUGAUCCAAGAGAACUACACCACAGCCAGGCGCAUAGCCAUCAAUGGAGCUUCCAAUGGGGGACUGCUCGUGGCGGCGUGUGUGAACCAGCGCCCGGACCUGUUUGGAUGUGCCGUGGCUGAGGUUGGAGUGAUGGAUAUGCUCAAGUUCCACAAGUUCACCAUCGGCCACGCCUGGACCACGGACUACGGCUGUGCAGACAACCCUGACCAGUUCAAAUGGCUCAUCAAGUACUCCCCACUCCACAACCUCCCCGCUCCCCCUUACACUGGCACCGCCUACCCUGCCGUGCUCCUGUUGACUGCCGACCACGACGACCGGGUGGUGCCCCUCCACACCCUGAAGUACUGCGCCACCCUGCAGCACGGUGUAGGCAGCAGCCCCGGGCAGCGCCAGCCUCUCAUGGUCCGCGUGGACACCCGCAGCGGGCACGGGGCGGGUAAGCCUACCAGCAAAGCCAUCCUGGAGGACGCGCACAUCUUCUCCUUCAUCGCCCAGACACUCGGGCUGAGCUGGAAAGACUGAUGACGGGCGGGGGAAUAGGGGGAGGGAAAAGGUUGAGGAAGGUGGGGCGACAGAGGAGAGGUGAGGAGAGAGAGGUGGGUGAUGGAGGGACAUUUCAGUAGUACAGUGAGGGUGCCGAGGAGAGUUACGGUCAGGGAAUUCGAGCGGUGUUCGCCAAACCAACGCUGUUCAGGGAACCCUUCAGAAAGCUCUUCAGUUAAAUGGAAUCAAAUCUCAUCUAAUUACUAAAUCAGACUCACGUCAGUAAACACAAAUAAUGUUUUUCUUUUCUUGUUAAACAGACAUUUUGUGACAAUUUGUUUACUAUUAAAUGUUAUGUCUAACAUU